CAUUACAUAUGCACGUGACGUCAUCGUUUGUGCUGUUGGCAGAACGCGAGCUUCCCGACCAACAUGGAGAGAAAAGUUUUAGCUCUUCAAGCGAGGAAGAAGAGGGCAAAAGCGAAGAAGUCCAGCAAGAAGCAUCCUGCCCACCCCAGGGGUACAGCAGCCCAGCAGCAGCCCCAGCCAGAGGCCUCUCCCCAGGAGCCAGAUGAGCCUGAGGAGAUCCUUGGCUCUGAUGACGAGGAGCAGGAAGACCCCAACGAUUACUGCAAAGGUGGCUACCACCAUGUAAAGAUAGGAGACCUGUUCAAUGGGAGGUACCAUGUGAUCAGGAAGCUGGGCUGGGGACACUUCUCCACUGUGUGGCUGGCCUGGGACAUACAGGUGAAGCGGUUUGUGGCUAUGAAGGUUGUGAAGAGUGCAGAGCAUUACACCGAGACAGCCGUGGAUGAGAUCAAACUGCUCAGAUCUGUGAGAAACACAGACCCUGACGAUCCCAAGAGGGAGAUGGUGGUUCAGCUACUGGAUGACUUCAAGAUCUCUGGUGUCAACGGGACUCAUGUGUGCAUGGUGUUUGAGGUGCUGGGGCACCACCUACUGAAGUGGAUCAUCAAGUCCAACUACCAGGGCCUUCCACUGCCCUGCGUCAAGAGCAUCAUACGCCAGGUUCUCCAAGGCCUGGACUACCUUCACACCAAGUGUGAGAUCAUCCACACUGACAUCAAGCCAGAGAACAUCCUGCUGACGGUGAAUGAGCCUUAUGUGAGGAGGCUGGCAGCAGAGGCUACAGAGUGGCAGAAAGCAGGGGCUCCCCCUCCCUCAGGGUCCGCAGUCAGCACAGCACCAGCUCCAAAAACAGUGGCCAAAAUGUCCAAGAACAAGAAGAAGAAGUUAAAGAAGAAGCAGAAGCGUCAGGCGGAGCUGUUGGAGAAGUGCAUUCUGGAUCUGGAGGAGAUGGAGAAGGCUCCGGGGAGGGGAGAUGAGGAGGAUGAAGAUGAAGAGGACCCAGAGUCUCCAGUCUCUUCCAAACAGCAGCGGACAUAUUGUGCUCCUCUCAGACAGGUUUCCUUACAGGAGAUAGCCAGCCAAGACACAACCGCGUACAUUGCGGGUGCGGAAGUUUCGCGGAUCGUACCAGAAAGCAUAAUAACUGAGGUAGAGGUGAACUUUAACGGCCUUCGUCCUGAGGAAGAGGAAGAUGAAACAAAGGAGAGGAAGGCACAGUGGAAGGAGGAAGACCAACACAACGGUAACACAGACCCAGCAGAAGAUCACGGUGUUCUUCAGGAGUCAAACCCACAGGAGUCAAUAUUAUCAAACCCACAGGAGUCAAUAUUAUCAAACCCACAGGAGUCAAUAUUAUCAAACCCACAGGGGUCAAUAUUAUCAAACCCACAGGGGCCAAAAAAGGUGUCAAAUGGUCAGGAGUCUCCACCUCCUCAACCCGUGUGUAACGGCCUGGUGUCCCCAGAAACAGAGGAACCUAAGACCCCAGAGAGUGAGGGGCGUGGAGCUCUACCCAGGAAGGUGACUGAGAUAAGGAGAGAAGCAUCUGAGAUGGAGUCAACAAGCUUCAGGGUCCGGGAGGAGGAGGAGCUGUCACCGGAAGAGGAGGAACAGGAGAAGAAGAAUCAGGAGGAAGUCACGGAGGAGGCGCAGGAUAGGAGUUGGGAGGAGGAGGAGCAGAACAGGAGUCAUGGGGAGGAGGAGGAGGCCACAGAGAUGCUGGAUAACAUCCAGUAUGGAGGAGAACAGGAGAGUCUAAAGGAUGCCAAACUAGCAGCAGGAAACCUCCUGGUCAACCCCCUGGAGCCACUUAAUGCAGGCAGACUGAAGGUCAAGAUAGCAGACCUGGGGAACGCCUGCUGGGUGCACAAGCACUUUACAGAAGACAUUCAGACGAGACAGUACCGUUCUCUAGAGGUGCUCAUUGGCUCUGGCUACCACACACCAGCUGACAUAUGGAGUACAGCUUGCAUGGCUUUUGAGCUGGCUACUGGGGACUACUUGUUUGAGCCCCAUUCCGGGGAAGAUUACUCCAGGGACGAAGACCACCUAGCUCUGAUUAUUGAGCUGUUGGGGAAAGUUCCCCGCCACUAUGCACUGAGUGGGAAAUUCUCACAGGAAUACUUCACCAGAAGAGGUGACCUGAAGCACAUCACCAAGCUGAAGCCAUGGGGGUUACUAGAGGUGCUGCAGGAUAAGUAUGAGUGGCCCAAAGAGGAGACUGAUUGUUUCGCCGACUUCCUCCUCCCCAUGCUAGAGCUGGUACCAGAGAAGAGGGCCACGGCCGCGGACUGCCUGCGCCACCCCUGGAUCGCCCCCCAGUGACAGCCUCCAGUACUGCAAAUCAAAAUACCCCGAUGCCUGUUCAGUAGGCAAACAUUGUGGAAUGUUGCAGAUAACUGUCAUGACUAGAGGUGACAUGAUUCCCUUUUCUACGUGUCAUAGAGGCAUUAAUGUUCUACAUUAAGAGACUUCUAUCAGAACAUUCCAGAACGUUUUGUUCUGCUGAAUGCACCCCCUUGGCCUGGAUUGGCCUCCCCAAUGGAGCCUUCCAACCACUGCAAUGUAAAACCAUGUGGCCAUGUUCAGGAGGAAGUAAAGCUACUGAACCUUCAGAUGUAUGGUGUUGAACAGAGAUACGAUCAUCUGACAAAUAGAAUAGGGAAUUGGGUCCACUUUAUUCAUUCAGUUUCUAUCUUCAAUGUCACGUUUUGACAUUUUGUCAUUUAGCAGAUACGCUUAUCCAGAGCGACUAGGUGUCUGCUAAAUGAGUGAAAAGUAAAAUGAGCUUUUCAUUUUCCUAAAUACACCCCUGGAUGUAUUCCCUCUAGUGGUCGUCUCUGGUCACUGCGAUGCAAAUUAAACCCCUCACAAGAGACUUGUUGCAACAGAGCACUUUCCAAUUCAACCAUAUCUGAGAUGACUUAUUUAUUUCUGUUUUUAGUUUUGUUUUCUUACAUUGUGUUCUUAUUAUCAUCAAGGAGCGUCUAACGUUUGUAUUUGUUUCUUUCCUUUGUACUUAUUGUGUUUAAAUAAGCCUGUAGGCAACGUUGGUUUAUGGUCAUUUUGGCGGUCCAGAAUUCUGUGCUCCGUACACAAGUCCUCAUACAAGUGAGUAGUCUUUGUAAUUGUUGUUAUUGUGACUCUCUCACCACCAUCUUGUUUCGUUUUAUACCGGCACAAGACCUGGAAAAAAAAUCAAGAUCAAUGAACUUCCCUUCACUUUUGUAAUCCUGUUUCCGUUAAAUAACUUGAUACCACUUGUUUUCUCUCCUCUGAUAAAAUGUCAUUGAUGUCUGUCUGUGUUCACUUGAAGAGUUCUUCUUGUGUUACUGCUUCACCCAUAAGGCAUUUUGUUUGUAUUAAGCGUAGUAUUAGGUAGUUGCACAUAGGGCAGAUGAACGAACUCGUAGGUUUGCACUCUACUCUCCUUUCUGACUGAACUAUUUGUAGGUCUCCACCACACAUAAAUACAAUGGAGGACUGUCUUGCUAUUUUUAGAUCAGCCAGUUAAAAACCAUUUUCAAAAUCUGUUAUAAUACCAACUUUGCAUAUAUUCACUUUGAGCCAAUGGGAGACUGGUUUUGUGGGUUUAACUAAAUAAUAUAUGUUCAUAAGAACACCACCCGAAAGAAGAGAUUGUGGAAAGAUAUAUAAAAUUACGUGUGGCUGUGUGUUUGUAUGUGUGUAUAUAUAUAAAUAACUGUACCAAGGAAUUUGACUUUCUGUAUAUUACAGCUGUGUACAGUUUUUAACCAAUCGUAGUGUGUGGCUGAAAUGGCACCCUUUUCCCUAUGUAGGGUGCCAUUUAAGGUGGACACUACUAUGUCUGGGUAGUACUGUGUCAAUAAAGCAUAUGGAAGAAGUGUGAAA